UGCCACCUGUGCGGUAGUCUGGAUCAUUGGGCUGUCGAUUGCACUGCGCCCGCAGAGGUGCAAGACGCUUACCGCAAGAAAUGUGUCGUUUGUGGGCAGAGAGGGCACACCGCGCGCGAUUGCACUGCGCCCGCAGAGGUGCAAGACGCUUACCGCAAGAAAUGUGUCGUUUGUGGACAGAGAGGGCACACCGCGCGCGAUUCUACCGAC